AUGGGUCAGACAAAUGAGAGAAAGCGACUGUCCUGGGAACUUGGAAGUGUGUACAGUGUUCUGGCUGCCAUUUUAAAUGUGGGUAACAUUGAAUUUUCUGCAGUGGUAUCUGAACAUAUGAUUGACAAGAGCAACAUUUCCAAUCCAGUAGCCCUUGAGAAUUGUGCUUCCUUGCUGUGUAUCCAGGCAGAUGAACUGCAAGAGGCCCUCACCUCUCACUGUGUAGUGACUCGAGGAGAAACGAUUAUUCGUCCCAACACGGUGGAAAAAGCGACCGACGUGCGAGACGCCAUGGCUAAAGCACUGUAUGGGCGUCUCUUUAGCUGGAUAGUCAAUCGCAUCAAUACUUUACUGAAGCCUGACAAACAUUUAAG